ACCAUAAGUGAUACUCUAACUCAUUUCCCUCUUGAGUUUCCAGUAAUUUACAUUGUCAAACCAUGGGUCGUCCCGAGGAAGAGAUGCAAGAUCAACAAGGCGAUGAGCAGCAGCAUCAGCCAUAUGGUCAAGAAUACUAUAACCAUCAAGAAAAUCCAAAUGUUGAAUUUACGCCACCACCAACAUAUCCUCCACCAACUCCACCAGCACAAUAUCAAAAUGAGCCACAAUAUCAGAUGCCUCAGCCUCCUCAGUUCCAGCCAUUUAAUCAAAAUCCACCUCAGCCUCCGCAGCUCCAAGCAUUUAAUCAGAAUCAGCCAGGGUAUCCGCCGCCUCAGCAGCCUUCAUCGCAGUAUGCAGGGUAUAAUCAAAAUCCAGCACAGAUGGGUCAAUCGCCUCGACCAGCUGUAGGCUAUCCUCAGAUGCAAGUCAAUGUUGGUACUGAGAAUUGGAAUAGCGAGUUGUUUGGAUGUCUGGAGGAUCCACAAAAUGCUCUAAUCACAGCAUUCUUUCCAUGUGUGACAUUUGGACAAAUCGCGGAGAUAGUUGACAAUGGCCAUUCUUCAUGCACAACCCAGGGAGUGCUAUAUGGCGCCGCACUGGUCUGCUUAGGGAUGCCUUGCUUGGUUUCAUGUUCUUAUCGAACCAAGCUGAGAAGCCGAUAUGAAUUGAUGGAAACUCCUGCCCCAGAUUGGUUUACUCAUUGCUUCUGUGAGCCCUGUGCUCUUUGCCAAGAAUACAGAGAGCUUCGCCACAGAGGAUUCGACCCCUCUAUAGGAUGGCAGGGGAACUUGGCCUUGCAGGAGCGGAACUAUCCAAUGAAACCACCGGCCAGCCCAGGGAUGAUGCACAGAUAGAUUAACUUAAUCCCAUUGGAUCUCCUUGUUCAAAUUAAAGUUUGAAUUUUGGAUAUUAAUAUUUGUUAAUACCAAUUAUUUGUUGCUUAUUCUGGAGUGUGUUCAUUUUAAACUAAAUUAUUCUGAAUGUAAGUGCCUUUUAUAUUUACUUUUUUUUUUUUUGCAAUGUAAGUUUAUAUUUGUAUAAUUAAUGUAUUAUAUUUAUUUCGGAGA